GACAUCUCUCGUCAGCGUCGAUCUCAGUCCCACCCCGGCCCCGCCCGGCAAACCCCAUCCACCUAGCCACGAUGCACGGUGCCCCUGAGGCCUCGCACGUAGCCGGCUUCCCGACCACCGAGUCGCGGUUUACCCCUUUGGCUACCCCACCAGAGGAACCUCAGGACACGACAGACGCAGUUCUUUCCGCCCCAUCGUCUGUCGAGGUACCGUCUGCCUCCCAGCAGACCGCCGCAUCUAGCGCUUCUCCCCCGAGACUUCCAACACGUCGCGCCAUUCGCACAGCCCGUUGUAGCGCUCAACUGGCGACUCGCGAUGACGUUGUGUCAUCUCUCCUGGACUUGAGCAUUCUGCAGGCUCGUCAGGAGCRCCUCAYRAGACACAUCAACGUCCUGCGUCGUCUUCUCGCCUUGCUCUCUGACCCUGAUCGCACCCUACCCAUCAUCCCUAUUCGCCUAGGGACAUCUACGAGGGUGUACCGUGCUUUAUGGGACUCUGGCUCGCAGGGAGAUUUCGUUCACCCUCGCGUGGUUGAGGAAGCUCGCCUAGCUACCUCUGGGUCUUGGUCUCCUAUCUCCGUUACCCUCGGAGAUAACAAGACGCAGCGCUUCUUCGAUCAGACGGUCCCCGACCUCCACUUCUCCCUCACCCUCCAGCCAUCGGAUAGUCCCCUGACGCCUAGGCGCUACCAUUCCUCCGCAUACUUCGACGUGCUGGAGACUGGGUACGACUUUAUCCUUGGCACUCCCUCGUCUCGCCGGUUCCGUGGUACAGAGGCCGAAUGGGCAACCGAGACACUCGCUCUCAAAACGAAGUGUGGUCAGACCCAUCGCGUUCCGUUAAUUGGAACCACGGGCGACACCCCGCCCGACCUACCUCCCCAGGACCCUCGUCCUUCAGGGUCCCACCCCAACAUCGCGUUCACUUCCCCUCGUCAGUUUGCUCACUUCAUACGACAGGAGGAUGUCACGUUCUACUCAGUGAACGUUAUGGAUCUUCUUCGCUACGAUCCACUCUGUCCCGAGGUUGAGCUCAUCUCUCUGGAGCCCGAACCCCCUGACCCUCCUUCCAUCUUCGCGGCUCCCAUCUCUACAUCCACUCGUCAGCAUGCGGAUACCUCCUCCACGUCUCAGGCCCCUGCGCUGUCGACUGUCGAGUCCACAUAUACGUCUCGUGCUGACGCAAACAUUGAGGAACUCACACGGUUUACGGCAGACUUAGAGCCCGCCGUUCGCGACCUGAUUCGAGAGUACCGCGACGUCUUUCCCCCGUAUUUCUCAUACAGCGGGAUUCCCCCGAUGCGCGGUGUCGAGCAUUCCAUCCAGCUCGUGUCUGACUAUCGUGUUCACCAUCAGGCACCAUACCGACUCUCGAUUCCAGAGGCGACGGAACUCAAGCGUCAGCUUGAGGAGCUCCUUCGACUGGGUUUCAUUAAACCCAGUAACUCCCCUUGGGGUGCACCUGUCCUCUUUGCUCGCAAAGCGAACGGAACUCUCCGCCUCUGCAUCGACUACCGCCGCCUUAACCGUUACACGGUUAAGAACAGCUAUCCCAUGCCCAGUGCGGAUGAGUUGUUUGACCGUCUGGCAGGCAACCGCUUCUUCACGAAGAUCGAUCUUCAUAGCAGUUACCACCAGAUCCGCGUUGCCGCAGAGGACCAGCCGAAGGCAGCCUUUCGGUCGCGCUUCGGCCACUACGAGUUCACGGUGAUGCCAUUCGACCUCACCAAUGCACCCGCCACCUUCCAGACGGCGAUGAACGAUAUCUUCACGGACAUCCUUGAGGAAUACGUUCUCGUAUACCUGGAUGACAUCUUGGUCUACAGUCGUACCUUAGAAGACCAUAUCAGACACCUCCGCGAUGUCCUACAGCGCUUACGCAAGCAUGGCUUCUAUGCCAAGCUCAGUAAGUGCCGCUUUGCCCAGCGCAAAGUGGACUUCCUGGGACACCAUGUGUCUGACCAGGGUCUCCACAUGGACGACACGAAGAUCACUGCUAUUGCAGAGUGGCCCAUUCCCACAUCUGCCAAGCAGCCUCGCGGCUUCCUAGGCCUCACCAGCUACUAUAGUAAUUUUAUCCAAGGAUACGUUAGGUAUUCCUACGUCCUUACCUCUACCCUCCUCCGGAAGAACCCGCCGUGGUUUUGGACACCCCUGUGCGAGGACGUCUUUCGCGCCCUCAAGAAGGCGGUGACCUGUGCGCCGGUUCUUCGCCUUCCCGAUUUUGAUCGUCCCUUUAUCGUCACCACCGAUGCGUCAGACUUUGCAGUAGGAGUUGUCCUUUCUCAUGUGUUUCCCUCUCCUCCAGAUUCACCUUACCCCUAUGUUCCUCCUUUCCCCCCCCCUCCUGCUGACAUUGCUUCUCGACUGACGCCUACCCUCCCACCACUUCCCUCCACUGACAGUCCUCCUGUUACUUACUCACCGACCAUCACGGAGGAUGGUUCUGUCGAGGCUCGUGCUGGGGAUUGCCCGAUCGCUUUCUACUCCCGUCAGCUACUGCGUGCCGAGAUAAACUACACUGUCGAUGAACGUGAGGUAGACAACUAUGGUUGCUAUGAGGGGAUAAGUGGUUACCUCUCCUCGUGUCAGGCAUAGUCACCGUACCCCUAUAACCAGGGUCUAGCCAACCUUGGUUGUAGAAGGUAAGGUUGUUCUAUUCUACAUGUGACAAAUUGAUAAAUGAAACACUGAAAU